UGACUAUAACACUACUACAAGUGCUGCUAAUAAUACUAAUACUAAUAUGAGUUGCACACAGACACUAACGGUGCCCAACAUUGAGGUAACACCAUCAUCAUCAGCACCGGUAUCAUCAUCAUCAACAACAACAACAACGGUACGACACCGUAUGAGACGUGUCAAUAGUAUAGCCGUGGCCAGUGCGCACCGGGAUGAAAAAUUACAACGGGAACAGCAACCGGACCGGCCAUUACACGAGUGCCGGGAUUCAUUAUUUAGUUCAUCAAGCAAAUUUCAAAAUUAUCGCGGUUUUCUAAAUUUGGCCCUGAUCAUGCUGGCAUUAUGUACAGGUCGGGUAGCACUUGAAAAUAUAAUCAAAUAUGGCAUACUUGUCGACCCCUAUCAAAUUGUACGACUAUUUAUUGGCAGCACCAGUAUGUGGCCAACAGUUAUCACAUUAUUAGCUGUCAAUGUAUUUAUUUUGCUAUCGUUUUCAAUUGAAAAGAAACUGGCCAAGUGCCAGCUAAUUGAAUCGGAAGCCCAGUACAAACAAAUAGCUGUAUGUUCAUCGUUGAUACUGUUCCCAGUGGUUAUGGUAUUUGCCAUUGAAAUGCAUCCGAUAUCGGCAUCCAUUGCCUGUACGCUGUAUUCAAUUGUUUUCCUGAAACUGGUUUCGUAUCAUAUGGUCAACUACUGGUGCCGUCAGUAUCGCCAGAGUCGACACUAUUCAUCCAAUCGAUAUCAAUUGAGACGUAAAAGUUCCGAUAAUGUUAGCUAUGAUGAGCCCAACGAAAUGUUGGAUAAGCUUAUUAGGACUAAUAUAGUGAACCAACUGUCCCCUAAACAGUCAGAUAAUAGUCAACACCAACAACAGUCAAACGGUAGUGUUAAACAUAAUAAGUCAAAACCUAGCGAUACCAAUAAUAAUCAACAUCAUCAACAACAACAACAAGCACUGGUAGUCUAUCCGGCUAACCUAACCUACCGGGAUCUAUACUAUUUUAUGUUUGUACCCACACUGUGCUAUGAAUUAAACUUUCCCCGUAGCGAACGUAUACGUAAGCACCUGCUAAUCAAACGUCUAAUUGAAAUGGUAUUUUUAGUACAAUUGAACAUGGCACUCAUACAACAAUGGCUGGUACCUACUAUUAAUAAUUCAUUGAAACCAUUGCAGGACAUGGACUAUCCCCGUAUGUUGGAGCGGCUAUUGAAACUGGCGGUGCCCAACCAUUUUAUCUGGCUUAUCUGGUUCUACUGGUACUUCCACUCUACCCUAAAUUUUAUGGCCGAACUGUUACGUUUUGGUGACAAACAAUUUUACCGGGACUGGUGGAACUCGGAAUCGGUUGAAUAUUUUUGGAAAAACUGGAACAUACCGGUCCACUCGUGGGCAGUCCGGCACCUAUACAAACCAUUGUUACACCGUGGCUAUAGUAGACUAAGGGCUGGUAUCAUAGUAUUUAUGGUAUCGGCAUUUUUUCAUGAAUACCUGGUAUCGGUACCGUUGAAAAUGUUUGGCUUCUGGGCAUUUGGCGGUAUGUUGUUUCAGAUACCGUUUGCAAUGGUUGUCCAACGUGUGGCAUCGGGUUCGGUAGCCAAUACCCUGGUAUGGAUAUCGUUGAUUAUUGGCCAACCACUGUGCAUACUAGCCUGUUAUCAUGAUUACUAUGUCAUACAUCAUGCUAUCUAUUAAAGGGAUUAUUAUGUAGGUGUUAGUGUGAUGGAGGAGGAAAUGGAUGUAUUGAAAU